AUGCCAACACCGACUGCGCUCAAGCGGCAGAAGCUGCUGGCCGAGAAGGCGAUGCUCGAGCGCUCAUUGCAGCUCAUUGAGUCCGGCACGCACGAGGACUUCAUCGCGCGCCUAUCGCCGCUCGUCCAGGACAAGCAGCGCAUCCUGGCGUUUGGCGAGACGCGCACGGCCCACUUGGCAGCGAGCGCGGACGUCAUCUUCACGUACGAAAGCGAAGAGGCCGAGAAGGAGUACGUCGCAGCGUGCGCAAAGCUCAAGCACGACAUGCUUGAGGAGAUUCGGCUCGAGAUGAACCGCGCCGUGGCCCAGCGCGCCCAUGGCGCCGGGUCGCACUCGUACAACAAAGCGUCCAUGGCCUACAACCGCCAAGCGUCUCGAAGACACACACGUAGCCGCAAGAAGCCACAUGCAGCGUUCUCGCUGGGCGACGACUGGAGCAAUUCGCGCACGAAGCGGCCAGCCACGGUCUUUGCCCCGCUCGCCAAGACGUUGAGCUCGACCGAGAUUGAUGGCGACCUUCGCCUCCUCGAAGAGGCGGCCGACGC